AGAGAGUGCGGCUGAAUGUGAACGACAUGUCGACAGUCAGCCUCUAAAGUGUUUUCUCGGUCGUUCCUUAAUUCUUUGGCGGCGGACUGAUGCUGUGAAGGGCCAAUGACGGGCUGUAGCCCCAGGCUGCUGCGCUGAGAAGCAGAAGUAAGGAGGAUGCAGUGGGUCACUCUGGCAGUGGCCCUGGGGUGUGUGUGUGUGUCGCGGGCAUCGCACACCCCCACCCCCACCCCCACCUCCACGCACACCCCUCUGGUGGACAACUCCGAGGAGGAAGUGGACGAGCCUUGCUUCGAGCCCUGCACGUGUGAGGUCAAAGAGGGCGUGCUGCACGUGCACUGCGAUGGGCGGGGCUUCACCAAUGUCAGCCAGGUGUCACAAUCAUGGGUCCGCCCUUUCAAACUCAACCUCCAGAGGAACUCUCUAAGGCGUCUCUAUAGCAACGGGUUUCAGCACCUUGGCAACGCAGUGUCGAUAAACCUUGGCAACAAUGCACUCCAGGACAUCCGAGUGGGAGCUUUUCAUGGGCUGGCCAAACUGAGACGCCUGUACCUCCACGAGAACAAGCUGGAGGUCUUCAGAAAUGACACCUUCGCUGGCUUAGAGGCUCUGGAAUACCUCCAGGCUGACUACAAUGUGAUCAAACGAAUUGACAGCGGCGCUCUGAGGUUCCUCUACAAGCUCCGGGUUCUCAUCCUCAAUGACAACCUGAUCCCCGUCUUACCUGCUCAUCUGUUCAGAUCUGUGUCUCUGACUCAUCUGGACCUGCGGGGAAACCGUCUGAAGAGCCUAGCAUAUGCUGGGACCCUGGAGUACAUCGGUCGCUCCCUGAUGGAGCUACAGCUCGAGGAGAAUCCUUGGAACUGUGGCUGCGAGGCAGUGCAGCUCCAGCAGUGGCUGGGUCAGAUCCCCUACACGGCCGUCGUUGGGGAUGUUACAUGUGAAUAUCCCUUCCAUCUUCACGGCAAGGACCUGCGGGAGAUCCCGCGAAAGGAGCUGUGUGCAGUUCUGCCGGAUAAAGAGCUUCAAGGAGAGGGGGGCGGCACGUCGACAGGAUCACAGCCCCAACAUUUGCCUCCUAUCUCUAAACCCAACUCCCACCCAGGGCGAGUCAGACCGACUAAACCCUCCUCUAUGGUCCAUGGCUCUCGCCAGAACACUCACACUUCUUCCACAUCGUCGUCUUCUUCCUCGGCAGAGCGUAAAGACAGGGACAGGCACCUGAGACCGACUAAAAGGCCAAGACCCUCGAGAAUAUCACCUACACCUCGCAGCCUGAUUCCUAACCAGAAUCCCCCGGUGGCCGGCUACCAAACACGACCCCCCAUCCCCAUCAUCUGUCCCCUGGGCUGCACUUGCAACCUGCACAUCACAGACCUCGGCCUGACUGUCAACUGCAAGGAGAACGGCUUCGUCAACGUGUCCCAGCUCACGCCUCGGCCCCUCAAUGGCCGCAAGCUUUACCUGAGUGGGAAUUUAAUUCAGAGGAUCUACCGUACAGACUUCUGGAAUUUCUCCAGUCUCGACCUGCUUCACCUGGGGAACAACCGCAUCUCCUACCUUCAGGAGGGGGCGUUCUCCAGCCUGACAAGCCUAAGGAGCCUCUACCUGAAUGGGAACAACCUGGAGAGGCUCAGCCCGCACGUGUUCCUGGGGCUGCAAAAUCUAAGGUUCCUUUAUUUUGAGUAUAAUGAGAUCCACGAGAUAGAUCCUGGGACGUUGGACGCCAUGCCGUCCCUGCAGCUGUUGUUCCUCAAUGCCAACCUCCUGCGGAGCCUCCCUCUCGGUGUGUUUUCUGGAGUUAAUCUGGCUCGACUCAAUCUGAGGAACAACCACCUUUUGCAGCUUCCAAUGGAGGGCGUGCUGGAGCACUUAACCAGACUCGUGCAGGUGGAUCUGCAGCAGAACCCGUGGGAGUGCAACUGUGAAGCGGCUCCGCUCAAGCGCUGGCUGGAGGGGCUCAGCGCCGUGGUGGUGGUGGGAGAGGUGGUCUGCCAUUCCCCGGAGAAGACCAAAGGCGUCGAUCUGCGCUCCCUCUCCAUGGAGCUGCUCUGCCCCGAGCUGGAGACGCAGGAGGACCAGGAGCGCGAGGAGCACACGGCCACCUCCACAGCUGCAGACACAGGUGUAUCGGUUGACUACCCGAGCUCAGGGCUGGGCCCCCUGAUCCCUCCGGGGAAGGAUUCAAUCCCUCUGUCGGUGUUAGUGCUCAGCCUGCUGGUGUUAUUUGUCUCUGCGUUCUUCGCAGCAGCGGCACUAAUCGCCUAUGCCCUGAGGAGGCGGGACAAGCUGCCAUUCCGUCGCCAGGGGGAGGUCGACUUGGCCGGCAUCCAGAUGGAGUGUGGCAUAUUCACCGAGCAGACGCACCAUCACCACCACCACCACCACCACCACCACAGUCUUCCAGGGACUCCGCCUCUGCCUGCGCCGGAACACAAUCACGUCUAUGACACAAUCAUGCCCCCGGUGGCGGCGUCCAAGGGUUCCGACCACGGCGCAGCCUCGCACGUGUGUGGCGGCGGCGCCACCUACAAGGAGGAGAAGGACGCGGCGGUGAAGCAGCGGCCGCGGCAGCAACAGGUGUUCGCCGCCUCCAAAGAGAGCGAGGGAGGGUACCACUCUGCAGCAGAGAAGGAGAGGGACUGGACUCUGGAGGUGUCCUCGUCACCCAUCAGCACUGUUACAGGAGCAAUGGGACCACUUGCCGACCUCCACGGCAACGGCAUCCUCUGCCCCACCGUUAUAGACAGCCAGGGCCCCACCCCUAAAGUUGAACUGGUGGACUGCCUCUUCAGACUCCCCACCCCAGAGUUCAGAGACCUGCCAGAUAGGUACGCGAGGCCCCCGCCCCGCUACCCGCACCCCCAAGACUCUAAACAGGACACCAGACCCGACCCAGUGCUCGUGGUCACCACCAUCGGCUCCACAACGGGCGGGAGCAACGGCAGCCAGAGCGAGCAGGCUGCAGGGGAGCAGCAGGCCAGGCUGAGGACCACACCAGACUACAUGGAGGUGCUGGACCGUUCGUACCAGUUCUAACACUUCUACUCCUCCCCCUCCCUUCCACUCCUCCACUGUUACCCCACUUCUCAUGUCUCCUCAUCAUCUCCCUCUUGGGCGAUGAAUCAUCCACUAACAAUGACUCCUGUACAAAGGCUGGCAUGACUUUCAGAGGACCCUGUGGGGAAGCAGGACUACACCACCACAGACUAUGUUUAUACCUGGAUAACGAGCUGAGGUCAGUUUUUCUAUUUUCCCCACUACUGGCGUAUAGAUUUGGAAAGGAUUUGCUGAACCCAGAUCUCAGCCUGGAGGCAAAACCUCAGCUGCAGCUACUACAUUAUUUUAUUUCUCCUCCAUCCAUCCAUCCAUCCCUCCACCUCACAACUGUAAAGAACCAAGGCUCUGUGCGUCUACUCAGCGCCACAGUGAGCAUGAGAUGGUGUGCGGUGGUGGUGGUGGUGGUGGGUGUUAAUGUUCAUGUUUUUUUCACCUUCGAAAGACCUAUGUGGAGAUGAAACACACACCAGGUCUUUGCAACAUCCAACACAGAGUCACGGACGACGACGAUGAU